CUCUGCGUUCUCAAUGCAGAGGAUCUCAAUCCCCGCCCGCCGCUCCAACAAUCACGCACAGAAACCACAGCCCCAAACCCAUCAAUUCCCGAUGGAGAACGGCGAUGCAACCCUCGCUUCCCCCGCCGCCGCCGCCGAGAACGCGGUGCCCAACGGCGGCGUCGCGGAGGCGGAUCAGCCCCCCGUGACCCAUGCCGUCAAGUCCUACGCCGCCGCCGCCGAUAACUCCGCGCCCAACGGCGGCGUCGCGGAGGACGAGCAGGGCCCCGUGACCCACGCCACCAAGUCCUACGCCGCCGUCGCUGCCCACGCCGAGAUCGAGGACCUCCGCGCCGCCAAGCUUGACCUGCAGGAGAGGCUCGCCGAGGCCCGCCGUGAGAACAAGGCCAUCGCCGCGGAGACGCACCGCAUCGAGGGGACAUUCAUGCAGGCCCGGGAGGAGGUCAUCAUCGCCGAGGACGCCGCCGUCUCUGCCGAGAAGGAAGCCGCCUCGCUCCGCGCGGAGGUUGAGCGCCUCCAGCAUCUCCUCGAGAUCGAGAAGGGUGAGCAUGAGAUGGAUAAGCGCCGCCACAAGGAGCUCGCCAAGGAGGUGGAGGCCGUACGCCAGGAGAAGCUCAAGCUCGAGGAGGAGAUCAAGGCCCUGAAGGCUUCCGCCGCCGCAGCCACUGCGAAGGAGAGGGAGGCUGCCCCGGCGGCUGAGGCCCCGAAGGAAGUGGAGGUCGCGUGGCAGGGGAUGGCGGCGGCCGCGGCUGCCGGCGCCGCCGCCACGGCUGCCGUCGUGCUGAUCUAUCUCCGCCUUAAGAGGUAAUCUGUUGCUCGGUUGCGCAGGAAGUUUUGCUCAGCUGCGCAGGAAGUUUUCGUAGUGAUGCUGCUAGUACGAACUGGGAGUACAUGACUUCUAUGAGUAGUUGCUUAAUAGCCUACAGAGACAUAGGGAUUUGGAGACUAGUUAUGUUUCAUCGUUGUUUUUCCUUUACUAGUAUCAUUCUACGUGCUUUUGGUGGUGACACAAAAUGUUUGGACACAUCAUAUGACGUGCAACUGAAGAAUGCUAUAUGGUUGGUUAUCUUCUCGUUUA